CAGUCUCUGGGUGUGGAAGGGAGUUGGUAGCGGCAGCUGGAGCAGCGAGGAGGUUCCAGAAACUCUCGGAUUCUCGCGGCAGAGUUAGGGAUUUAACUGCCACCAUGUCAAGCAAAAGAGCAAAGACCAAGACCACCAAGAAGCGCCCCCAGCGCGCGACCUCCAACGUGUUCGCCAUGUUUGACCAGUCCCAGAUUCAGGAGUUCAAGGAGGCCUUCAACAUGAUCGACCAGAACAGGGACGGGUUCAUCGACAAGGAAGAUUUGCAUGACAUGCUUGCUUCCCUGGGAAAAAAUCCAACUGAUGAGUAUCUGGAUGCUAUGAUGAAUGAGGCUCCAGGUCCCAUAAAUUUUACCAUGUUUCUCACGAUGUUUGGUGAAAAGUUAAAUGGAACAGAUCCAGAAGAUGUCAUCAGAAAUGCUUUUGCUUGCUUUGAUGAAGAAGCAACUGGCACCAUUCAGGAGGAUUACCUGAGAGAACUGCUGACCACAAUGGGAGACCGGUUUACAGAUGAGGAAGUGGACGAGCUGUACAGAGAAGCACCUAUUGACAAAAAGGGGAAUUUCAAUUACAUCGAGUUCACGCGCAUCCUUAAGCAUGGAGCGAAAGACAAAGACGACUAAAAAGAACUUCAAACUCCAGCCAAACGUUCCUUGUUGCCACUCUGGGUAUUUCUGAGACUUUCUCUUAGAGCCUGUUGCAUGCCCUUAGCUUUACAGCUUCUGCCUUUCUUGUUGUAUUUAUUCUCAGCCAUUUGGGGCACAUGCAUCUCUAUAAUCAGACUGGAUGUGGGACUUCUUGUCAUUUUAAGAAUAGAAAAUAGGGUAAUUUAACUUACCAGCUGCCGUCUACCCUCCCCGCCCCCAGUAACUGCAGUCUACAGAGUCAAUAUAUUUUUUCAGAGAAGGUUAUUCACUCAAUUUUUUCUGAACCAUAAUUAAACUUUAUGAUAAAAAAAAAAAAAAAAAA